AUGGACCCUAGCGUCCUCGGGGUGCUCCUCUUCUUCGUCAUCGGGCUCUUAUCCAUGGGAGGUCUCGCUGUACUCAUCUACUGGGCCAUUCCUGCCAUGGCGAACGCUGCUUUCAUCUCUCAUCUUCAUGCUAUCUCUGACUGGGCGCCCGCCGUGCGCGUCCCGCAGGGAAGUACUGCUUCGAACUCAUCAAGAGACACUGAAAGUCAAGAAACUCCUCCGAACACCAGCCGUAUGAAGCUAUGGCUGAUCGAACGUUAUUACCACACAUGCCAUAUCACAAACACAAUCAAGUCUUCUAUCCUAAGCAUCCCCGCCGCCCCACGUCUCCUUCUUACCUCUCCCUCCUUGCAAAGCCAGCCUCUCCCAGUGCCAACAACCACCCCGCCCCUCCCGCCGCUCGCCAUCACCAUUCCCCAGCCGUUCUUCCUCUCCGCCUUCUGGAAGCCGUCCGCCGUCCCGAGGCUCUUAGUCACCUUGGCCACCGGUGUCUCGCGCUUCUACACGCCCUCCGACCCGCUCCCACAGUUCGCCGACGUGGGCAGUAACGGUACGAACAGGGAGGUGCCACGCCAAGCUAGAGGAUUCCUGCGGGUGAAGACCUGGGCGCGGUGGAUGAGCGAGCGGAUGUAUGCCUUCGACAUGGGGCUGCUGACGGUAAGCGACCGUGAAGGCCAAGGCUCGAUACCCCCGAGCGGGUCCGCGUCCUCGGUCAUCACGCCGGUGCCAACGCUCCCCAUCCUCGUAUCGCAGUGGACUGAACCUCCGCCGCCUUCACCCUCCCCGCCAACCACGAGAGCCGCAGUUACCAACCCCACCUACCAGUCCUCCCUCACCUCCGGCCGGGCCGCAUGUGCCUCGCUGAAGGUGGCGAUGAAGACGGAGGACUCGGCCCCUGCCUUCAGGCAAACGCCUGGUACCGAGACUCUACCCAGCAAGAAGACCGUCGAGAUCGCUCUGUUCGCCGUGGGGGACGACCAGCCUAUUCAGCCUUCCAUUAGCAUCAACAACCUCUUGGAUGACUACCUCGAGGAUGGAGAGACUGUUCCGCCGUCGGUAAGCGGCAUAUUCGAUGAGUACCUCGACAUGGACUCCUCCCCUCCUGAGCGGCGUCGCAGCGUUGUUAUGGAUAGUAUAGACGAGGGAGACAAGGAAGAAGCAGAAGGCGAGGGCGGGGCAGUUCCCGAAGCUGCACCCAUCGUCCAGGAGGUGAAGGUCACCGAGCCCCUCACCCUGGUGAGGGUGGUAGCCGUCCCUGCGCUGUCAACGAGCCGCUCUUCCCUGGCGACGACGCUCGUUCCUGUCUUGAGCGAGGAGGCUAUUUUCUCCCUCGGUUCUCCGGACGCGCAGGGAGCCGCCGCCCCUGAAGUUCUUGCUGUGGAGGUCAAGGAACCCGCUCUCGACGUUCUUCCUUCCCCGGAGAACGAUAAGGAAGGGGACAAGUACAGCACCAGCAGCGACGAGUCCAUGUCCGACAUCAUCGCCCAGCUGCCUGUACUUCAAUCAGCGCCCGCUGCGAACGACGAAAAGAACAAGAAGCGCACUCGCCGCCAGCAAGUCAUCACUCGUCCUGUCAUCGUCCCAGCUCCCGCCACUCUGACCCGUCUGCACUCCAAGAAGGUCGAGAAGAAGGAUCAGUAUACGCCCGCUCCCGUCCGGCGGUCUUCGAGCUCAAGCUCUUCUGUACCCACUGGUGACGAGAAGGACAAGAAACGCGCUCGCCGCGCGCAAGUACUCACCAGCGCGGUCGUCGUCCCCGUCCCUACCACCACGCGUCGGAAGAACGCUCCAGCUGAAGAGAGGAAGGGGGGCAAAGUCUUCCGAAGGCACGAAGAGAAACCCUGUCCCAACGCCAUCGGCACUUUGACUGCCGGCGUCGGGAGAGGCGUCGGGCGCGGUGUGGCUCCGCAGCAAAAGGAUCACAUCCGUGGGCCCGCGCUCAAGAGACACCAGAAGGCUGCUGCAAUUGCGAACAAGGAGAACGUCCGUUCGCGGUAG